ACCGGUUCAAGUUCGUAUUGUGUAUUGUUCAGAUUAUUGUGUCGAUGGAAUAUUUUUUCAUGUGAUCGACAAAUAAACCGAUAUUUGGAACAGGAAAAUGUGAUGUUGUACACCUAUAAUAAACAUGUGAUAUCAUCAUUUUCAUUGUGAAUAUUAUUGGCAGCAAAAUGAGCAUCAUACAUGGCGUACGAGAAUAAAGAACUAAAACCGGAGGAAAAUUCUUGAGAGGAAAAUGUGUGACGAGGAGAACAGAGUAUCACGAGGAGAAAUAAAAGAAUCAUGGUGGGGAGACUCAUCUUCAUACACCGGCCCCAUGGCGUUUUUCGACUACGUUCUUCUAGUUAUCGCUGGUUUUAUCAUCAUGGUGAUUAUCAUCUGUAUUUUUCGAAAAUGUUCAUGCGAUUUCAUCAAGGGUGAAAGCUCCGAUACCGAGUCUAGGAACGAUAGCACAGACGAUCUUCGAAUAAUUCAGGAUGAUUAUCAACCUGAAACAUGUUCGUCGGUCGACCUUCAUCAUCUAAGCCAUCAUAACUUCAGAGUGUUAGAGGAAUACUCACAGCGUAUUGCACAGGUGAUGCAAGGACCACCACCGUCAUAUGAUGAGGCUAUCAAGGAUCGACCUCCCGCUUGUCGUCCUGAUGGUAUGGUUGACGAUAGAAUUGUAUCGACAUCGAUGACCUCCUCACAUUCACAACACCCGUUUGAACAAGAUGAUGGAGAUGAUAUCUCUCUCUUGUCAAGAAACUGAUGACAGCAACCGCUGUUAUUAACCUGAAUGGAUUCUUAAUUGGAAACCCAAAAGAGGGAUUCUUUUUGUGAAAUGUGUGUAGUCUUACUAGAAUUAUAAUUAAGAGACGUGACAUUCUGCAUGAAAAUAAACUUUUGACUUUUCAAGUAAAGCAAUGGAAGGAACAAGCUAUAUUGUAAUCAAAUUAAAAUUAAAACCACCAUCUUCUACUCUU